AAAUUCCCAUUUCGCAGUUCGAUCGUACGAGACUUUCUAAGGCAGUGACCAAUGUUAACUCGUUGUGUAACCAUCAAUUACAAGGAAAUGUAUAACUUAAAAGUACCAAUCACUUUUUCCACAGACAUCGCUUAAUGAGUGGUAAGCAGUGACCUGUGAGAGCUCUCUGUGGUUUCGUCAACAUGGAUAACUAGAAUUAUCAUAGAAUUUACUAAGCGAUGAGCGAUACGCCUCUCUACGCCGUGAACCCAAAAGAAGCGUGGUUCUGGGUUCCACGUACCAUAAUCAUGGUGUUAUCACUGGCGGGGAAUGGGGCCGUGGCGUACGUGAUCAUCAGGACUUUUCGGUUACACACCGCAUCUAACGCUUACAUACUCUCGCUAACAGUGGCUGAUCUAUCUGUCACGGUAGUAUUCGGCCCGUUUGAAAUGGCCUGUACUCUUCUGCGCGGAACAGUCUGCAACUGGUGGGUAGCGAAAUUGUUCUAUGAUAUGACAGUCAAGGCAUCUAUCAUGAAUCUCUGCGCGCUGACAUUUGACCGGUAUCUAUCGGUGGUGCACCCUCUCGCCUAUCCUACCCUCGUCUCCCCAUUUCGCGUCAAGCUAGUCAUUACACUGGCAUGGUUGAUAGGAAUAUUCUCUCCUGUCCCAGGGUUUGUCUGCGUCGUUCUUCACAAGUACCAAGGGUACAAAGCCUUGCAGACCGCUUUCUUGUUUUUCUUCGAGUUUCUUCCCUCUUUUUUCCUCGUCAUGAUGUUUGUCAGGAUGGCGAUGGUUGUCAAGCGACAGCGACGCUCUGUCCAACAGCAAUCGCACACCUUGCAAUUCAACCACAAGCAUGGCGCCAUCUUACCCGCUCACCCGCGGCGCUACAAGAAUAAGCCCACUUUACAUGUCGUCGGCCUUUUGGUUUUCAUUUUCAAUCUCUGCUUUAUGGCGUCGAUUUACAAAGGUGUAAUGAACUACGUGUUCUUCCGUGAGGUUUCUUUCCACUUGGUGGCAGCGACUCGGAUUUUGUAUCAUCUCAAUUCGUGUGCUAACUGGGUUGUCUACGCGUUCAUGAAGACAGACAUCAAGGUAGAGCUGCGGCGUCUGGUUGGGCUGCAAACUGAGCGUGAUCUCCCCUGGCCUGCGCAAGUAUCAGAGGGAACGAAAAGGAAAAGGGACCUCGUGCCUUAGGGGGAAAAACAAUAACUUCUUCCUCACUUCACCACCUCUUCUACUCUGCGCGCAUGCUAUACAGGCUAGUCUUCCAUUUGAUGUCAAAGACUGAAUAGUCAGUCUGGGCAUACCCUCUCGGUCUUUCUGAAGCGGCCCGUUUUUGGGUUCGAUUAAAUAACGCGUUGGACCCACAGAGAGCGUGGGUAUAAGAAGCGUUGAGAAGGAACUAGUUAGAAGCAAGGAUGGCGUUGGACACAAAGUCUAGCAGUCUUUUUAUGCCAUCUGCUAAUUGUGCAUCCUUAUCCAGGAACGUCGCGCCGUUUGGUAUUAGGUUUUUCUUGUUAAAAUAUCCUUUCAUUUGAAACAAAUCAGAAUACAUUGAGCAAAAUAAAAACUUAGGAAAUUACUAUGUUCGCUUGUUAAAAGAUACAAACAGUUAUCUAUCUAAUUGAACUUUAUGGAUAACGUACUUGAUCACCUGACAUCGACUACAAUCAAUAAUUACUCUCAAAGGUACCGCCCAAUACCUUGACUUCAAGCUUGUUUUCGCGUUUGAAAAGAAAAAAAUAAUAAGACAUCAUAGAUAAUAAAAAGAGGCUUUCAUGGA